CGGCCGCACCUUUUCAGGAUGAAAAGGACAGCAACCGAGAAUAUAUGUUGUACAGAGUAGGACCAAAGGGAGGGAGCCACGGAGAUGCAUUUGUGCAAAAGCUGACCUGCGAACUCAAGUCCAGGGAGGAGGUGGCAGUUAACACUGAGAAUCAGCAUGCACGUCUGAUUGUCUUUUAUCAACAGACCCUGCUUCCCUCAUUAUCCUUGGAACUGAUUGCAAACAUGAUUUUUGCAACUGUGAAUCCUGACACUUGGCUGGAUGCUGUAGGUAAUCUGGGCAGAAGGUUCGCUCCAGGUUUUAACCUGGCAUUGGUGGCUAUGUUCCUGGGGAAUAUAGGAGACUGUAGGUCAUCAGCGGAGACCUGGGUAGAGGUGCCAGGAGGUCCUCGGCUUCAGCUCUGCACUUCGCUGCUGAACGCGGGGAUGGCUGCGAGAUGCAUCGGAUUGUACAUGCUGCUGCUGUUCCAGCCCGUCUCAGCAUCAAACGGACCUGGGAUGAUCUACCAGCUUUUAGACCUUUCUACACCAUUGUCUCCUCCUGUACAACGACCAUUAGAAACAUCUCAUUUGACUCCAGGGUGGCCUUGGACUUCCGGAUCUCCACGUCAGCGAACAUUGUCCUCUUACCUGCGUUCUUCUCCGCACACCAAAGCAUCAGCAACAGAGUCAGUUGAGGAAACUGCCACCAUACAAAGUAAUCCUCUUACAUUCCAAGUGAUGACAACUCCACAGAUGAAUAGAAACACUGCCAUGGAUAUAACAACAUCAGGAGCAACACUUUCUCCUCAGCCUUCUCUUGAUACUGAAACUUACAAAACCUGGCGUACUUCUGAAUUAUUAAUUUCGUCACCACCAACUGGGAGAAUGGUGGUGAUCCAUCAACCGAAAGCGUCUUCAGCUUCACCCUUGGCCAGCUCAGAUGACACAAAAGCCACACCGCUGAACCCAUCACCUCCAUCCACAGCACUUGAUUCUCUUAGGACCCUGAUUGACUAUGCCUCUGAGGUAGCUGAGACAACAUCACUGACAGCCCAUCUUUGGCCAACUCCAUCAACAGCCAGUUUCAAUGAGACAGCGAAUGCCCUCAACCAAUCCACAGCGUCAAGUGCCGCCUCUCAAACUGCCCUGAUGACGGGGCACCCGAGCACAGUGAACAGCACAACCUUAACGCCUUCCCAUCAAAGACCAGCCUCAUCCAGGGUGGCAUCAGCCCGUGUGCCCGAUGUAACCGUGGUCCCACGCCCAAUGCGGACGGCCCCUGCAACGCCGCUGACAACGGUCACCACGGAGACGGGCGCCUGGACAAAUCCCCACCCCGAGACUGGCAAAAUGUCGAUGGUGCCUUCGUUAACGUUGACAGCGGCUUUGACUUCAAUCACCACGGCAGCCCUGGCACCAAAGGACACACUGGCAUCAGGAGACCAUGUGACAACUGCUGCCAAGGGAACAGCUGGAACUCCAGAUGGCUUACCCAUGCUGCCUAGUCUGACCUGCAAGUUGUCAGAUCAGCUCUGGGUUAGGACAGUUGCGACAGUGACAUCAAGAAAAAUUCGAGCAGACAUAAUGCUUAAACAGAACAUGACAAGAGGACUUACACAGGCAUUGAAGCGAGCUUUUUUCACUAAUGAUGUACAGGCUCAGAUUGAAAGUCUUGAAAGAAGAAAUAAGGUGUUUAUUGGGUUCUACGCUGUAACUGGGAAUGAGGUUUACAUUCCAUCCGCUGUUACUGAAGCAAUUACGAUGUAUGGAAUUGAGAACUUCCGCCAAGACAUGCAGCAACAUGUACCUGAUCUCCAGUCAGUCCUGAUUUCUGCCUCUCCAUGGGCCCCACCCCCAGCCCGAUGGUUCCAGUUAAAAACAGUGCUGCAGUUUGUGAGUACAACAGACUUUGUGAAGUUCUGCAGUUUUGUUCAGACCAUGGAGACAAGACUGUGGAGAGCAUUCGAGGAGGCCGCAUCUCGAGCCAAUUUGAAAAGUUACUUAAGUGUUCAGAUCUUGAACACGUCUGUUGCUGACGGCUCUACAGCUGUCACAAUGGUGUAUGCGGUGAGAAAUGAAAGUACGCUUCUCAACGGCACAAUGUCCAGCAGCCUUUUGCAUCACUUGACAGCUGCUGAGCUUGGAUACUACCUGGCUUACCCACCACUAAUCCUUGCUGAACCUUUGGAAUAUGAAAAUCUUGACACCUCACUAGCGACUGAGAAAUCCUGGGUUGUUACAGUUAUCCUGGGUGUUGACAAUACCUCUCUGGGUGAGCAGUAUCAACGUUUUGCGAGCCUGAUGGAGCAGAGGUUAGCGAACCUGUUCAUGGCAGCUCAGCAACAAGGGCGAAGGUUUAAACGGGCUUCUACAAAGGGCAGCUACACUGUACAGUUGGUCAGCAUUAAACGCCUUCCUGGUCCUAAGAAUCCAGCCGAAUUGACGUACUAUGCCUUGGAGAAUGGUGGGGCCUUGCUGGGUACAACUGCAGCCAAAAUACUUAAUACAGUUGAUUCUCAGACCAUGGCCUUGGAGUUAGGCUAUCGCGUGCAACUCCAAGCAGAACCUGUUGUGAAAAGUCCACCAAACAACUUGUGGAUUAUUGCUGCAGUGUUGGCUCCUGUUGGUGUGGUAACCAUUAUCAUCAUCAUUAUUUCCGCUGUACUGUGCCGGAAAAACAAGGGCGAGUUUAAAUCUGAGACUAUGUCAAAUCUUCACCAGAGAGCAAAGCCAGUCCAAGGGUUUGACUAUGCCAAACAGCACAUUGGUCAACAGGGAGGAGAAGACGAAGUGACCAUUACUCAAGAGACUGUAGUCUUACCACUGCCUGGCCGAGAUGCACUCAUACCUCAAGAAAGAGAAAGCUCCCAGGAUGGAGUUAACAUCAAAUCACUAAAAACCAUCGAUAUCCGAAGAAGCAGGUUACACAGCGAACAAGAUUCUGUCAUCAGUGAGCAGUCAGGAAAUCUUGACUCGGAUACAGGCACUCCACAGAAGGCAACUGCACAGCAGAAAAUUACAAAAGAGGGAACAAGGAAGAAAAAUGCACCAGUCAGUGAUGAGGAGGAGAGUGCCACACUGUUUGAGCACGUCUCCAAGACAUCGGAUGAUCCAUUCGACACAUCCUCCGGGUCUGUUCAGCUCCUCUCAAUCAAGCCUCUGACAGCCCAUCCUGGUUACCCUGCAUCAGAAAGGAGUCCAGAGGCAGUGACAUUAAAUGGGGAGGUAAACAAGGCUCUGAAACAGAAAUCUGAUAUUGAGCACUAUCGGAACAAAUUACGCCUGAAGGCAAAGAGAAAAGGGUAUUAUGAUUUCCCAGAAGUAGAAAAUAAUCAAGCAAUAAUGGAGAAGCAGAGGAAAUUGCAUGAGAAGGUACAGAUGGAAGCUGAAACCCAGGUGUCCUCUGCAUUCACUGAAUCUCGAAACAGGCAAUCCCAGACGAAGAAUGCUGUUUAUAGGAGCAGGCAGUCUUUGAACAGCCCAGGUCCAGGAGGAACCGAGAUGGAUCUACUUGUCAGGAGGGAGAGAUCAUGGCGGGGCAUUCGCAACAGCGGAUAUGAUACGGAGCCAGAGUUGACAGAAGAAACAAACAUUGACCGAAUUGCGGAGCCUAGGACUGCCACCCGAGCAAGACAGGCCAAAGGUCACUCGGAAUCCUCCACCCUCAGCUCCCAGCCAUCCAUCGAUGAGGUCAGACAACACAUGCACCAGCUCUUGGAGGAAGCGUUUAGCCUGGCGUCUGCAGGACGGGUCGCUCACGGCCGUCACCAGCUGCACUACACGACGGGUCAGCCAUUACCCUAUACUGAGCUGGUGACCAGUGCCCCCGGCACCAUGAGCAGAUCUAGGGCUGGACUCCAGUGGGUUCCUGCGUACGGGCAGGACGUGUGUCAGUAUAGUUUGCCCAGACCCGCGUAUAGGUAUUCGCAGCUUCCGGAAAUGUCUGUCGGGUCGCCACCACCUGUUCCUCCCAGAAAUGCUCCAGUAGCAGUUGCAUCCCUCAGACGUUGGACAUCAGAAAAUAACAAUAACGCAAGAACAGCUGAGAGCCAUGGUGCAGACCAGUCACAACAUGAAGCUUCCUAUGUACCCGUGUCCAGAUCCACUGUCCCUGCCGAUCAGCCAAUCGUAAAUUACUCAGGUAGCUCAGUGCCAGCAGUCUAUGCCAUACCAGCCAACAGACCUGGAUUCCCAAACUACUUCAUCCCUUCUCCUUCGCCCUACCGUAAUCAUGCCUGGACCCCGUAUGUGGGAGAUGGAGAAGCACAGGCCCAGUGGGCGGAGAAUGUAACACUCCCUGGUUAUGUUGAGGCCUUUUCGCACACUCGGUAUCCACAUGGCUCUCCCCAUCGACAGUACAGUCAGACGCAGCCCUCAAAUCCACCUCGUUGUAUUGAGCAAGCUCAGACUCUGUCUACUGCAGCGUCUCAGCAGAGCUUGACAGAGAAUGAGUCCUCUGAAACCUCCUACACCAAUAUCUCCACUGCCGCUUUGGUCAAGGCUAUCAGAGAGGAGGUUGCAAAGCUGGCCAAGAAACAGACUGGCAUGUUUGAAUUCCAGGUUUAGCCCCAUUCUGCAGUGUUCUCCUCUGAAGAGCCUUGACAACAUUUCUUCCCACGGGAGUCAGAGCAGUGAUGGAAAUCCUAGUUUUUCAAAUUGGAUUCAUCUCAACCAGUGCAAAUGUCAUCAGCCUUGGGAUGGAAAUCACGACAAAAAACAGUUAUUUUGCAGAUUCGGGCCGUUAUUUCAAGCCAUGAAAAGCUGAUCUAUCAGAUCAUUUGGCUGUUUCACCAAUGGAAUGUGUCUGAAAACAUGCCAUCGUACAUUGUGUCUUAUUCUAGUAAUGUCAUUUAGUAUAAUGUUUAGCACAAGACCACUACAUUGAUGGAGGUGGGAGGACUUGGAGUGACCCCUGCGUAUUUGCUAUGAGGCGGUCAGUGCAUAUAUUGGAAACAGAUGUGCAAAAAAAACUUGUAAAAAAGAAAAGCGACAAUAGUUGACGAAGCUCAACUACAGAUUAUGCUGUACAUUCCCUACUUCACACUCCACUGAAAAACUUCGGGCAUCAGGUGAACAAGGAAAGUAGAAUGAGCACAGGGAUUGUAAGAUAUGAGUGAUUAAACAUAACCAGCAAUUAUGUGAGGCUCCUAGUCUGUUCGCUUGACAACCUGGUAGUCAAUGGUUUUAAGCUUGGAUCAGAAUAGAGUACAAUGAUACAAUUCCUCUCUCUAUCCGAGCAAACAAGCAUCCUGACGAUUAACACAUUGAAGAACCACUUAGUGACACAGGAUCAGUACACUCACCAACCUUGGCAGAUGGGAUUUGAACUGUUCCUUACUAUCAAAAAUAUCUGUAUUUCUCUCGGACAGAUGGACAAGUUUGAAUUCUAACUUGCAUUUUUACAUUGACCAUGUGUCAAAUGAUGAAGUCAUCACUCGGAUCUCUGAAAUUCUGAAUGUUACUCUUGUGCAAAUGAUUACAAACCAACCAAACAGAUCCUGAUGUGGCACUGAGAUUUAACCAUUUCCAUUAAAUCAUAGAAUGGAACUCCA